CCCCCUUUCCCGUUUUCACCUGUCACCUCACGUCGCCCCACAAUCUGACUCCCGCCCUUCCUUUCCAGUCCUGAAGGGUCUCGGUCUGAAACGCCGACUGUUCACUCCUCUCCAGAGUCGCUGCCUGCCCCCCUGAGUUCCUCCAGCAUUUUGUGUCUGUUGCUUUGGGUUCAGGAUCUGCAGAUUCUCGCCUGAUAAAUCAUUGCGCAUGCGUGGUCGUCGCCACCAAUCCCGACUAUCGCGCAUGCGCCAAGUAGCAGAGGCUGACAACGACCGGACAAAGGUUUGAAAUGGCAGAACACUUGCGCAUGGGAAUCUCAAACACAACAACACAUCAGUUUUGCUGAAUGACUGGAUAUUUAAGGAGUGACCAAAUAUUUUCUUUGCAACACCAACACCUCUGUUGUCGAUCCACGGAGAUGAAGAAUUAUCUCAUAACAUCUGGUAAUGUAUUCUGUCACUGAAAUCAAGCAUUCUGUUGUAACUCAGUGAAAUCCACAUGAACCGGGGUGCUGAGAACACACCAGCAUUUGUUCACUGGAGAUCAGUUCUUCUACUGCAUUGAUUGUAGAAGGGAUUCAAACAUCUGACUGUCUGAAUUGCAGAGAAUUGAUCGCAGUGAGAUAUCAUUCUCCUUCUCUCAGUGUGGGAAGGGAUUCACUCACAGCCUACCCACAGACACGCCAGUGAGUUCACAGUGGGGAGAGGCCGUUCACCUGCUCUGUGUGAGGGAGGGGAUUCACUCACAGCCUACCCACAGACACGCCAGUGAGUUCACAGUGAGGAGAGGCCAUUCACCUGCUCUGUGUGAGGGAGGGGAUUCACUCACAGCCUACCCACAGACACGCCAGUGAGUUCACAGUGGGGAGAGGCCAUUCACCUGCUCUGUGUGAGGGAGGGGAUUCACUCACAGCCUACCCACAGACACGCCAGUGAGUUCACAGUGGGGAGAGGCCAUUCACCUGCUCAGUGUGAGGGAGGGAAACUACCCAGUCAUCCAGCCUGAAGAUACAUCAGGAAGUUCACACCACAGUGAGAUGCUCCACCUGUUCUGACAGCAGGAAGCAAUUCAUUCUGUCGUCGGUGCUAAAUAUACAUCUGAAAAUUCCCCAGUGAGAAGACAGUAACCUGUUUACAUGGUGGGAAGGUAUUCACACACUAAACCAUGCCACAGUGACACCAGCAAGUUCAUAACGGGGAGAGGCCAAUCACCUGCUCUGUGUGCGAAAGGAUUCACUGAAUCAUCUCAACUGAAUGAACACCAGUGAGUUCACACUGAAAAGAUGUCGUUCACCUGCUUAGACUGUGGGAAGGGAUUCACUCGUUCAUCCACACUACAGAGACACCAGCGAGUUCACACCGGGGAGAGGCCAUUCACUUGCUCUGAAUGUGGGAAGGGAUUCAGUGACUCAUCCAAACUUGUGAGACACUACCGAGUUCACACUGGGGAGAGGCCGUUCACUUGCUCUGAAUGUGGGAAAGGAUUUGCUCGGUCAUCUCAACUGACUGAACAUCAGCGAGUUCACACUGGGGAGAAACCGUUCAGCUGCUUUCAAUGUGGCAAGGGGUUCACCCAGUCAUCUCAUCUGAAAGUACAUCAGCGAAUUCACACUGGGGAGAAACCGUUCAGCUGCUCUGAAUGUGGGAAGGGAUUCGCUGAUUCAUUCUCCCUUGUGAAGCACUGCCGAAUUCACACUGGGGAGAAGCCAUUCACGUGCUGUGAAUGUGGGAAGGGAUUCACUGACUCAUCCCACCUUGUGAAGCACUGCCGAAUUCACACUGGGGAGAAGCCAUUCACAUGCUCUGAAUGUGGGAAGGGAUUCACUCAGUCGUCUCAUCUGAAUGUACAUCAGCGAAUUCACACUGGGGAGAAACCGUUCAGCUGCUCUGAAUGUGGGAAGGGAUUCGCUGAUUCAUACACCCUUGUGAAGCACAACCGAAUUCACACAGGGGAGAAGCCAUUCACAUGCUGUGAAUGUGGGAAGGGAUUCACUGCCUCAUCCCACCUUGUGAAGCACUGCCGAAUUCACACUGGGGAGAAGCCGUUCACGUGCUGUGAAUGUGGGAAGGGGUUCACUGCAUCAUCCAACCUGGUGAGGCAUAGCCGAAUUCACACUGGGGAGAAACCGUUCACCUGCUUAGAUUGUGGAAAGGGAUUCACUCGGUCAUCAGGCUUGAAAGUCCAUCAGCGAGUUCACACUGGGCGAUGCCAGUCACCUGUUCUGAUUGUGGGAAUGAAUUCGCUCAGAUAUCUCAACUGACUGAACAUCAACUGCUCAGACUGUGGGAAGGCAUUCACACACUGAUCCACACUGCAGAGACAGAGGUGGGUUCACACUGUGGGGAGGGUGGUCACCUGCUCAGAGUGUGGGAAGACAUUCACACACUGAUCCACACUGCAGAGACAGUGGUGGGUUCACACUGUGGUGAGGGUGGUCACCUGCUCAGACUGUGGGAAGGCAUUCACACACUGGUCCACACUGCAGAGACAGUGGUGGGUUCACACUGUGGUGAGGGUGGUCACCUGUUCUGACUGGGAUGGGUUUCAAUCAGUCAUUCAUCCUUGUGUCACCGUAUCAAGCUUUGACCCAACGUGAAUCUGAGAGAUCAUAAGCUUCAGAGGACGUAAUUCACUCAGGUUCACCAAUGGAGUAUUAAAGGCAGUGGUUCAGGCCAGGUUAUUUUUGAGCUUUCAGCGGUGGCCACUCCACAGUCAGGAUGGAUUAUCAAGAAAACCUUCAUUAGCUGGAGCAAAUGGAGCUGUCACUGUUGGAGUGGACAGAGUUGGAGCGGAGACUUUGAGGCUUUAAUUUUUUGAGGUUUCAGUGGGGAGAGCAGUCAGUCAGAGAAGGCAAAAUCAUGAUGGAUGUAGAAUUUUUUUUGCCCCUUCUUUACAUUUUCUCAGUUGAAACAGUGGAGAUGACAGGCAGGGUGGUGGAAAGCUGCUUUCUGGGAUGUGGGAAGGCAGAGGACCCUGCUGUGUCCCUGAUAACUACACCUGUGAGAAAGGCAUCCAGCUUCAGCUCCGAACAAUCCACAUUAUGGAGUUGCAGCUGGAACUGGAUGAACUCCAGAUCAUCCAGGAGGCUGAAGGGGUGAUAGGUAGGACAUUUGAGAGGUAUUUGCACCCAAGGUGCACGGCACAGGAAACUGGGUGACAGUGAGGAAGAAACUGCACUCUCUGUUUCCCCCUGUGCCCAUCCCUUUGAACAACACAGGUAUCACUUUAGGUACAGUCGGGGAUGGUGGGAUGACCUGGCAAAGAAAAGUCACAGCAAUAGGGUCUCUGGCACUGAGCAUGGCUCUGAGACUGAGAAGGGAAGGGAGGAGAAGAGGCGAGCUGUGUUGAUACGUGGCUUGUUAGCUCAGGGAACUGACAGGAUGUUCUGUAGGUGAGUGUUGAGCAUUCCUCAGGAGGGUGAACAGUGAAGGUCGUGGUCCAUGUGGGUAACAAUGAUAUGGGCUGGUAGAGUAACAAGGUUAAGUUAAGGGAGUUCAGGGAGUGAGGUGCUAAUUGAAAGGACAGCUCCUCCAGGCCUGUGAUCUCAGGACUGCUGUCCGUGUGAUGUGGCAGGGAUCAGAAGAUUAUACAGUUUAACAUGUGGCUAAAGAGUUGGUGCAGGAGGGAGGGGAUAAGAUUUUUGGAUCAUUUGAGCUUGUGAGGAUUGCUGUGUACAGAGGAGUGAGAGUGUGUAGGUAGGGACAGCACAUCACUAACGGAAUGUGACUGGGCACACAGGUCUCUCUGUCUCUCUCACAAACACAUCAGUGGAGUGGGGAGGGAGGGGAGUGAGAAGGGGAAGGGGAAUGAGGAGGAUGGAGUUCGGACUCCUUCACAAAGUCCCACACUCACCCAACCCUCCCCUCUGGAAUUGGUCCCAUUCCCUCCCCAAGAUUGGGGGUGAGCAUUGAGUCACCUUGCCAACAAGAAAAGGAAUUGUUCGAUAACAUCUGCUUAACACAUUUUGAUAAUAAAUUUACAUUGAACUUGAA